GUUUUUGAGAAAAUUUUAAUUCCGAAACUCAAUGCAAACUUGAAAGUUUUGGAAAGUCAAAUAAAGGAUGCGAAAGCUAAAGUUGAUGCGGUCCUGUCAUCAGUAAUAAUUGUUUACGUGUUUACCAAGUAUAAUGUUUAUGUGAAAUCCGAGCAGUAUGAAACUUUAUUGAAAUGUCUAAAGCUACCUCCAGAUAAGGAAGUAUGUUCUGAAUUUAUGAAGAGUAUUAAUGAAUUUGACGACAAUAUUUUAAG